AUGUUGCAACAUGCAUCACAUGUGAUUCAUCCUAUUCAUCAGCAAGACACCAAGACUGUCAAGUUUGGGAAUGCUGAUUGGGCUUGUCCUAACAAUGCUGUCACUCCUCACACUCUUCACUGCCUGGUUCUUGAUCUUGUGGGUGAGAAGUUGACUGAUUUUGAGAACUCUCCUGUUCAUGACGCAUUGCUUGCCCAUCAGGAUGCAUAUCAAACCACACAAAUAUUACAUCAAGACCUCACGAAGCUAGUCAUCAUUGAGGGUCCUCAACAAAUGACCCACACAGGAACCUGGCAGUUCAUAUCUGCUUACCUUGUCAAAAAUACCUGCACCAUCCACAGUAUCAAGGAUGACCUGGAAUCCAGUCUGUACAUUGUUCUGUGGACAGCAUUGAUAUACAGGGAGAGCCACAUGACUGUUGUCAACUGGAUGCAAUUCAUUGUGCAGAUCUUCAAUGCUGAUCCAUUGGUGGGAUCUGGAGGAUGUGCGAAAUUGAAUUGGCUUGUUGCAAGAACAGAUUUUCCACAGGAUAUUUUUGUUGACUAUAAACUGCUUGACAACUUUGUCCUUGAACUGGUCCAGUUUUUUUUACAUUGGGCUUCUGUCAUCACCCCUAAGGCACAGGAGAAACUUGUGCAAUUGCAGCUCUCAUUGCAGGAACUUUUGGAUGAAGUUGGGCCUGUAUGCAUGGCUGUACAGCAGAAGAUGAUAGAUGUUGCAGAAAGCUGCCUGUUGGAGUCUGCUAUGUACCAGAAGGAGAUGGGUAUGGAGAUCCUGCACUCACAUGAGGCUGUCAUCAAUAUUUACAACAAGCCAUCUGGCAAGAAAUGUAGGCUAGAUCCUGUGGAUGACAAUGAAACCCUCAGCUCAGUAGCUGGCCUAGAUAACCUUGUGUCCUUUGGUCAUCAAUGGUAUUUGUCUAAGACUUUGCAUGUCAUGUAUUUAUCUUACACUUAUGAUAUGUGA